UUGAAUUUUCUGCCGCCAGAAAAGCGAGUGAACAAAACAACUUCAAAAAGAUGUCGGAUGCUGGUAAAAUGCCUUCUCUUUCAGCAAGACAUGUCUUUCGUGGGAUUGAGUAUAUCGUGAGCAUGUUUGUACGAGAUGAAGUGGUCAUUGUUGAGGCAGAAGAUAGACUCACAGCUGAUCAAUGGAGGGCAGAAUUUGAUGCAAGAUACAUUGAAGACCUCACACACAAGACUGGUAAUUUUAAACAGUUCAAAGUAUUUGUAAACAUGAUUGAAUCAGCAUUAAACAAGGAUUCUCCGAGCGUUAGUUUAGACUUACUGACAUAUGCUGAUCUUCAAAGUCUUCGAGAGCAGAAACCAGGUACAGGGGUGACAAACAUCCCUGGCGCAAGAUCUACCUCACAGUUAUCAACCAAAAGAUAUCUUAUCUUGACUUAUACUGUGGAAUUUGACAGGAUCCAUUAUCCACUUCCCCUACCCUACGUUGGUAAACCUGACCCAGUUCAUCUGCAAGAUAUGAACAGAAAACUGAAAGACGAAAUCAAGAAUUUAAAAAAUCAACUCACUAAAGAAGCACAAAGCUAUCAAGCUGAGAAAAAGCAAAAACAGUUGGACAACCUGCUAAAUGAGAAAGAGAAUGUUGAAAAAGAGUUCAAUGCAUUUCAACGGGAAGUGAAGCAUUCCAGUCUCGCUGAUACUGCUAAAGAAAUUAGAGUUCUUAAGAAAGUCAUUAAAAACUUAGAGGGAGAGUUACUGAAGGAGAAAACUAAAUAUCAAAAGAUGCUGAGUAAGAAGUCCCAAGAAAACCGUGACUUAUUGCAAGAGUUGAAAGAAGCUCGUGGAAACGAACGUAAUUUAAGAGCGAGGUGUCGUAAUCUUACCAAUGAACUGGCGUUGUUGAAGAGGCAAGGAGCCAAGAUAAGACAAUCUCCUUCAGCUGGGUCUGUCCCAAGAACAUCAUCUGCUAAAAAGACAAAUUAUAUUCCACGACGCACAGCUUCAAAAGAACGUAAAGUGACUCCCCAAAGCAGAAGAAGAACCCGAAGUCCCUCACCGUCCGCAGCAAAUGUUCCACGGUUCGAUCCAACCGCAUACGUGAAAGAGAAACAACGCAAGCUUAAGGAGGCGAGGGAAAGUCGCAGUCGAAGCCGAACAAGAUCUGGAUCGAAGCCAAUCCUUCGUAAAAGAUCAGUCUCAUCAGAUCGAGGCUCGCCGAGAGAACCACGUGCAAGAAGACAAGAUGGAAACAGAAUAUAUCGUACGUCAUCGUUGAGUAGUAUUGGUAGUAGACGUUCUUCUGGGUCUAUUGGACGACCUGAGUACAACGAGAGAACACGGAAACGAUCAGGUUCUCGCGAUCGCCGAGACAGAGCACCUUCAUAUGGCUCCUCAGUUGAGGGUUCCGAUGCGGAGAGAGGGAAAAAGUACUUCAGGAAAAUGUAUUCCAGUACGCCUCAGGAUUUAAAACGAGCAACCAUUUCUAGGAAAGGAGGUAAAAGACACGAUAACUCGCUGAAUAGAUCAGUGGAAAUAUCCGAGAUUGAUGCAAGAUUAAACGCUCUGCAACAAUAUAUGAAGGAAAAUAUGAACUGAGCACAGUCAUAGGAGGUAAGCCGUGUUUUGGAUCGAUGCAUUGGCAAAUCACUUCACGUUUGGUCAUGGAUUAUAUGCUGCUGUAGGCCAGGUAACUACGAUGAAAAUACACGUAAAAUACCCAGCAGAGGUGAGAAUUGGCUGAGAACACUGUGUGUGAACUCUGGUAAGCUGGAAUUUACAAACACAAGCAUCAAUUCUAACCCUGGCAUUUUAAAAAUGUACAUAAUUAUAUAAAUGUUUAUAAUGAUUAUAUAUUUAUUAGUUACUAUAAUAAUAACUUCUGUCAUAACAUAUUAUAGAAUUUUUAAAAAUGAUGGGCGCAUCUCGUAUAAUUGAUUUCAGAUAUUUUUAAGAAAUUCAUGGCGCUGUGUAUGAGCAGAGAAGAAUACAAUCUAAUAUCGAUCCGAUUAUUUCAAAAAAUUUUAUCCAUAUGCAAAAUACCUCACGCAUUUCAUGUCCAUGGCGCUUUUUGAAGAGCACAAAACGGUUGUCAAUUUCUUUAGGUUUCCAAACAAAAAAGGUUUUUGUUUGGAAAAGGCUCGUAUUUUAACCAAUU